GAACUAUCUACUGUAUUAAUAGUGAUGACAGGUUUUUCUUAUAGUUCAAAAGUGUAUUCGUCUUGUGAAAAAAAUAACAUAUAGAACCAUUUACACUCUAAGACAAAUUAAAUUAUUGGUAUUGAAAAACGUGAAAAUUAUGUUUCUGCUCAUCAGUAAAUGGUAACAUCCAACUGCGUGCUACAACCAAUUAAUGGGAGGUAUUUUUUCAAAAGGUGAUGUAUCAAACAAGAGCGAAAAUGGAGGUAGUCGUAGCGUUGAGCAAAACCAAAGUAUUAAGACUAAAAGUGAAGAAAGUUUUAUCAAUAGAACUAAAAAGGCUCAAAGCACUUGUAAAUCCAAUCACUUAACAAGCCAACUUAGUCAAAAUAAUAAUGCAAUCGAAGAAGUAAAACUUAAUCCUAACUUCUCUACAGCUAACGACCCAGAAACAUAUCUGUGUGGCUAUACGAAAUCAAUUGUCGCCAAUAGUACAGAUACAAGUCUUAGAACUGAAAGAAAUAAUCAUUACAAGGAAGAUAAUAAUAAUCCUACCGAAGCUUCUUUAAACAUGAAUGAUAAUAUAGCUGAAUCAUUUCAACAUGCAACAUCCAAAUGUAACAGUAAAGACAAAGAAGGUACAGUCAAAGUCAAUAAUGAAAUGACAACAAAUCAAUGUAUCGAUGAACUACAAACUGAACCAGUUGCUGUUCCGUCUAUAUCCCGAACUAUAAACUUAAGCGAAGAUGUGGAAGAAAGGAAAGAGGAAAUUGAGUCUAAAAUCAAUGAAUCUAGUUCAAAUUUGAAUGUAGGUUACGAAGGUAGUUAUGAUUUAGAUUUAAAAAUGAAUGUUGAAUUGAGAGACAGUUUUGUUCAGAAAAAUAUGAAGAAAACUUUACUAAAAGCUCCCCCACCCUCUGAAGAGGUAGGUUCUGUUUUGGUAGAAAGAAUAGUGCCAAUCGGGAAAAAACAGAAUUUAAUUUCUUAUUCCAAGACUCGGCCUAGUAGCUCAUUUUAUAUUGCUCCGGCUUAUGCCAGCCCUACGGAGGACGGAGAAACGUUGCCUCCAUACAGUCACGAAGAUAAGAUGAUGCAAACUACUGAAUAUGAAGUAGAGGAUCUUUCGGCCCUUUCGGGUCCCCAGGAUUGGUCCUCAGGACAAGUAGAGAUGAAACCUACCUUUGGCGACAACGACUUUGUACCAGCCGCUGACUGGCUUGACAUAGACUAUAAAUAUAACAAAUAUUUUGAAAAUGACCCAAUAACAGGAGACUUCAAUGAUAGAAGAAAAAAAUUUAACCUUGACGAUUAUAAAAUUAAUAUAAACCCCGAAGAAGAAAAGAUAUACCUAAAGAUCCUUGAAACUAUCGACGACACGCCGAAUUUAGGGAAGGAUCCUGAAACCUUCAACGCUUGCUGGCUGAAGGAAACUAUUUUGAGAAUCUUAGAGCGCAGUGGAAAGUAUAAUACCAAAUACUACGACGAACAAGGAAACGAAUACUCCCUUAGAAGCUCUAGGCCUAGUUAUGCGUUAGCAGAUUGGGCGAAAGACUAUUUAUCCACUGUAAAACCGGAACAGAAAAAAAAAAACGCCACAUCGGAAAAAAAGGUUGAAAGUGAUUAUUAUGUGAAUUUUGAACCUGUAAAUAAGCGAAUGAACCAAAAAAUCAAAUCUUCGAGUAAACCAAAACCACAACCGCCAACAACUUUUAAAAAUCAAUUUAAAAAAGAUAGUACCAAAGGAGAAGAAAACCUUGAAAUAAGUCCAAAACGUGAUAAAAAAUUGAAUAUAAUUCCGAAAGAACGACAAACUGAGAUAUACAACUUGCUAUCAACUAAUCAAGGAACAGCACAAGUAAUGGAGUCCCUUUUGACUCCACAGAACCAAAUGAAGAUAUUGGAAGAGUUAGCGAAACCAACACCUGUUCCUAGUAAGCAGCCUUAUACAGAAAAAGGUGGGGAAUUAAACGCUAAUGAUUCCCAAGAACCAGACUUAGAAAAUAUUUUUGAAAUUCUCAUGGGAGAUAAUAUAAAAGAAAAAAAGGCAAUAUACGACAUGAUGAAAACUCCCGUAGGAAAGGAAACUGUUUACGAAGCACUAUGUCGUGUAGGAAGUGAGAAGUAUCCAGAGUUGUAUGAAAGUUACGACGAAGAUGAAGAUGUUUAUGCUGGUCGUAAAUCGUUUAGUGAAACAAAAAAAGAGAACAAACUACAAUAUGGUGAUAAAAAGAAAAAAGAAAAGAGGAAAAUUGUAAUUCAAACCCCUCCAUAUCCAGACGAUGUUCCAUAUCAAUUGGGCCCGGAGGAGAUGGAAAUGGACGAGGAAAAUCAAUACGAUCCUAAUGACAUUGAAAAUAAUCCAGAGAAACAGCAACACGUUUUGGACAUGUUAAAAUUAAGUUACAUUUUGAAUCCCCAGAACGAGGAACUACCCGACUCAGACCCAAUGCCAAAACCGACGCAAUCUCAGACAAACUACAAUAAUAUUGACGCUAUUUUAUCCACAUUAGAUGGUAAACAUGAAAUAUACAACAUGUUGAAAACACCGGAUGGUAGAGAUAAGGUCUUAGAUGCAUUGUGCCGUAUAGGGAAAACACAAAAUCCAAAAUCUUAUCAGCCAUAAUAAGUAAAAGUUAUAUGACCAAUGCAUUUCGAGCUAAUGGGAACUUAUAAAAUAAUCAACCGAAAUUAAAAAGAUCAGUUUCUUUUGAACUUGAACUAUUUGCUUACAUCAGCAGUUGAAUGUAUUUCCUACUCUAUUCAAUAAUAAUCUCGCUCGUUAAGUGUAGAGUAAUUAUUGAACGGACUAGCAUAUAAUUAAAAUUAUAAAGUCUUAACAAAGGACCAAAUCCGUUUUCAUCCAACAGAUUUGAAUUCCACAUAAAUAUAUUGCAUGUGUUUAUUCUAACCUUUUGUUUAUAGUUCGUCCGAUUAUUAGUGCUUGGGAAUGUUUAAAUUAAUCAACCUAUUUACUCAAGUAUAAUGAUGUUUUACCACGUAAUACUGUGAAUUAUUGCCGAUAA